UGUGUUUGUGUGUUUCAGAGAGUGGCCUGGGAGGCGCAGAAGCCGAGGGAACGGGACAUGUCGAGGGUUUAUAUUGGGAGGCUCAGUUACCAAGCACGGGAGAGGGACGUCGAGAGGUUCUUCAGGGGCUACGGGAAGAUACUCGAGGUCGACCUCAAAAACGGGUAUGGGUUUGUUGAGUUUGAUGACCCGCGGGAUGCAGACGAUGCUGUCUAUGAACUGAAUGGCAAAGACCUGUGUGGGGAGAGGGUCAUUGUGGAACAUGCAAGAGGUCCUCGUCGCGAUGGAAGCUACAGCUCCGGACGCAGUGGAUAUGGUUAUAGACGAAGUGGGAGAGACAAGUAUGGGCCUCCAACUCGUACAGAAUACAGGCUGGUUGUAGAGAAUCUGUCCAGCCGUUGCAGUUGGCAGGAUCUAAAGGAUUAUAUGCGUCAAGCAGGGGAGGUGACGUAUGCCGAUGCACACAAAGGAAGAAAGAACGAAGGUGUCAUUGAGUUCAAGUCUUACUCUGACAUGAAGCGCGCCCUGGAGAAGCUGGACGGCACAGAGGUGAACGGCAGGAAGAUCCGCCUGGUUGAAGACAGGCCUGGCUCACGACGCCGUCGCUCCUACUCCAGGAGUCGCAGCCGCUCCAGGUCUUACUCCAGAAGCAGGCGUUCACGCAAGAGUCGCAGCACCAGCAGCCAGAGCAGUCGCUCAAAGAGCAGGUCCAAGAACCGCUCUCAUUCCAGGUCCGCUUCUCAUUCGGCGAGCAGGAGCAAGAGCCGCAGCCCGAGCAAAAAGAAAGAGAAAAGCCGGAGCCACAGCAGGAGCAGGGGAGGCAACAACAACAGAGACAGUACAUAUGAGAGGGGGAGAAGCAGAAGCAAAGACCGGAACGGAGGCCAGAGUACCAGCAGGAGUCAGAGCAAAGAGCAGAGGAGCAGCAGGAAGAGGAGCCGCAGCAGGAGGGAAGGCAAGAGCAGCAGCAAGCACAAAAAGAAGGGAGACAAAGACUAUUCCAGGUCCAGGUCUGAGUCUGAGUCUGAAGACAAGGAGUGCACCAGGAAGUCUGAGUCACAGAACGAGUCCAAGAAUGGUGAGGUGGGAGCUGGUGACAGCCACAGGUCUCGCUCCAGCUCAAAGUCCAAGCCCAAGGGCAAAACCACACCCCGAUCUAGAUCGAAGUCUGCUUCUAAAGCCAGAUCUAAAUCCAGGUCUCGUUCUAGGUCAGCUGCUAGAUCUGCCUCACGUUCCAGGUCAAGGUCUCUUUCCCCAUCUUAAUUAUUAUUAUUAUUUUUUUUUUACCUUGCCUUUAUCGCUGUGAAAACAUUUUAAUUAAUGUUUUGGUAGAAGUAGCACAAAUGGAUUAGUGUGUUACACACAGAUCUGCACACAAAUUCACACACGUUUUUUUUUGUACUAUGUCACAUUUAUGUAGUGUCAGCUGUUUGAUAAUUAAUGGAGUGAUGUGUAUUAACAAAUCAUUGAUGAAGACAAUACCUUAUGAAGGUAGUUUGGGUGUAUCUUUUUUUCAUGCUUUUUGUUUGUUUUUUAAAGAAAUGUCUACCAUGUAGUGAAAUGAGGAUGUAGUCUUAAGUUGUAAUUUCAUACUUGUGUAGAUUUGUGUUUUCAGUUCUGAAAUAAAUCUAAAAAGAAAUGUUGAGCAAAGUUGCAUCGCAAAUCACAUAAGAUUGUUGCUGUAUAAGCAGUUUGCAGUUUCUUUAAAAAGAGGGCUCUGUAGGCAGUGAUUUAACCUGCAUCUUGGGCCCAUUCAAAAUGUAAAUAUAGUUUUAUUUUUGCUCGUUCUUUAUGACAGAUCAGACCCUUUAAAAAAUAUAUAUAUAUAAUUUGUUUUCUUUGCAUGCUAAUCGCUCCACCUUCUUUUACCAAUGUUUUUUUCAGAAAUGUACUCUCACAAGUCUAAGACACCUGCUUUUUCAUUUGUGUAAACCUUGCUAAGAGAAUUCUGUUGCACAUGUCACUGAAAUUGCUAGAGAUUUAAGGAAUCAUUUUAUGUACAUUUCUUCCAAAAAGGUGUGCCAUGAAAAAGAAACAAAUCCCAUACAAUUUUAAAACUUAGAUUUUAUAUAUAUAUAUAUAAUAUAUAUUUAUUUUUCAUAAGGGGUUACCUUGCCAUACACUGUGAGCCAGUAAUGAAAAUAUUAUCAGCAUAAGAACAUAUUGUGAAAAGGACAGCCCACUUAAUACUUAAUAACAAUUCAAGCAUAAGAUUAGAAAGUUUCCAUGCUUGUGAGUUGCUGACAGUACUGUACUGAAAUAUUAUAUAUAGUAUUGCAUACAGAAUUACAUGUGUAUACAGCUUUCUUAAAUUUGUAUUAUUACAAUGUGUUAUACAUAGUAGACUGUAUAUUGAAAAUACAGUUUAUUAACAUUAUUGUAAUCAAUGCAAUAUCUAGUAGAUCUGCUUUAUAUUACGUUCUACAGCAUUUCUUUUGUGUUUUAAUGCUUUGCAUUUAUAUAUAUAUAUAUAUAUAUAUUUUUUUGGUUAACUCCUGAUAAAAGUCAACUUGGCUUGUCCCAGUAUUUGCUCUGUACCUUUGAGGUGAUGUUGAAAGGGUUUCACUGUUGAAGUAAAACAUAUAUGUGCUUGCAAACUGCCUGUGCCAACACUCAUUAAUGCUUUAAAAACCCAACAAGGGAAGGUUUUAAGAUCUUUGUCUAUGCAUUGUGUCCUGUUGGGGACUUUAAGAAUAUAAAAUACCAUUCCUUCACUCAAGUUCAUACCAAUUAGUUACAAUUACAGAUGUUUUUCUUUUCUUACACUCUAACCCUUAUGUAAGUUUACCGUUAUCGGCUGGUUUCACUGACCCCUAUCGACCCUAAUUUUGGACAACCUAAUGGUACCUUGGGUAAGGUAGCCCAAGAUUAGUGCUAAUCGGUGUCUGAAACUGGCAGUAUGUGUACUAUACAAGAAUAUGAACUGAAUACAAUAAUGUUAGGGGUCCCAGAGGACUUGAGUUUAAUUGACAGUGCACUGGAACACUCCAAUUCAAUUUGCUACUCAUGAAGGCAAUGUAAAGUAAUCUUCUAUAUUAAGGCAGCUCCUCUAUUCAGUAUUAAAGCCAACAUGUGCUGUUCCAAUUCUAUCAAAGCUCUGUAAAAUUACCAGUCUAAUAAGACCAAUGUAGUAAAGUAACAAUGAUCGUUUAUAUAUAUAUAUAUAUAUAUAUAUAUAUAUAUAUAUAUAU